AUGGGACUGAGGCACUCGCGUUGCCUGCUCCUACGGAGAAAAAUGGCGGAGCCGGACAAUUCUGAGCGGCAGCGUACCAUCACUACCCCCCAGUCGCAGUCCUUUCAGCCUGCCUCCUUGCCCAAACCUGUGCCUACUGUCCACCAUGUGCCACACCCUCCACAUACACCCCAUGUAGCGGCCCUGCCCACCUGCCCCGGGCGUGGCAAGAUGGCAAAGCUGCUCAACCCGGAGGAAAUGACAUCGCAGGACUACUACUUUGACUCCUACGCCCACUUUGGCAUCCAUGAGGAGAUGCUGAAGGAUGAAGUACGGACCCUGACCUAUAGGAAUGCCAUGUACCACAACAAGCACAUGUUCAAGGACAAGAUAGUUCUGGACGUGGGCAGUGGGACAGGCAUCCUGUCCAUGUUCGCUGCCAACGCAGGCGCCAGGCACGUGUACGGGAUUGAGUGUUCAAGUAUAUCAGAGUAUUCUGAGAAGAUCAUCAAGUCCAACCACCUACACAAUGUCAUCACCAUCCUCAAUGGGAAGGUGGAGGAGGUGGAACUGCCAGUGGAGACAGUCGACAUCAUCAUCUCAGAGUGGAUGGGCUACUGUCUCUUCUACGAGUCUAUGCUCAAUACGGUCAUCUUUGCCAGGGACAAAUGGCUAAAGCCUGGAGGGCUGAUGUUUCCUGACAGGGCUGCCCUGUAUGUGGUGGCCAUCGAGGACAGGCAGUACAAGGACUUCAAGAUACACUGGUGGGAGAACGUGUAUGGUUUUGACAUGACCUGCAUCCGUAACGUGGCCAUGAGAGAGCCCCUGGUGGACGUGGUGGACCCCAAACAGGUGGUGACCAACUCCUGCCUAGUCAAGGAAGUGGACAUCUACACGGUGAAGCCUGAGGACCUGUCUUUCACCACGGCCUUCUGCCUGCAGAUCCAGAGGAACGACUAUGUCCACGCCAUGGUCACCUACUUCAACAUCGAGUUCACAAAGUGUCAUAAGAAGACUGGCUUCUCUACCGCUCCUGACGCCGCCAGUACCCACUGGAAGCAGACAGUGUUUUACCUGGAGGACUACCUGACUGUGAGGAAGGGAGAGGAGAUACUGGGCAGCAUUGCAGUCAAGCCCAACGAAAAGAACGUGCGGGACCUGGAGUUCACCUUGGAGUUGGACUUUAAAGGACAGCUGUGCGAUGCGGCCAUUUCCCACGACUACAAGAUGCGCUAG